UCUCCUUGCAGCAAAAGAACCUUCCCCCCUCUCUCUUCCAUUUCCCAAAAGCCAGAGAAGAACAAAUAACCAGAUGAAGAGUUGGUUGAAGAAGAAGACAACCAGACCACGACAUUAGAUUCUAGAAGUUUCACCAUGAGAGCUCAAUUUUUCUGCUGCUGCAUUUUCCUAUCCGUUACUCUAGUUCAUCCUUCUUCCGAGGAUCGAAGUAACAACCGUCGGAUUCUACACCAGCCGCUUUUUCCCGAUAGUUCCUCACCUCCGCCGGACAUUCUAUCCCCUCCUCCGCCGGCUCCUCCUCCGCCGGACACUCCCGACCAGCCCUUCUUCCAUGAGCUGCCGACGGGACCUACCACUCCGGAGCAGAGCCAGUCUCCGGCGGCAGUGGCGCAGAACAGCACCGUGCCUCUGCCGCAAGCGCCGCUGCCUACGAAAUCGACUAAGAAAGUAGCGGUGGCCGUCUCCGUCGGAAUCGUCACUCUCGGAAUGCUCUCCGCGCUCGCGUUCUUUCUCUACCGCCACCGAGUCAAGCACCCGUCGGAGACUCAGAAGCUCGUCAACGGCGGAGGGAGCGGCUCGCAGCGGUUCGCCGACGAUUCCCGAGCCGCGCCGUCGAGCUUCCUCUACAUCGGCACCGUCGAGCCGAGCCACACCUCCACGAACAGUGACGUCAUGAGCAGCGGAGCGACGCCGGAAGUGAACCGGUCGCCGUACCGGAAAUUGAACUCGAUCAAGAGAUCGGAUCGGUACCGUCCGAGUCCCGAGUUGCAGCCACUGCCGCCGCUGGCGAAGCCUCCGCCGCCGCAGAACCUCGAAUCGUCGCCGCCGAUGACGUCUUCCGACGACGAGGAGAGCCACGAUACGGCGUUCCACUCGCCGCUGUGCUCGACGAUUAGCUACGACGUCAGCUAUUACACGCCGAAGCAGCUCAGCAAUGGCAGCAAUCACUCUCAGUCUCAGACUCCUAAUACUAAUUCGGUUCCUCACUCAAAACGAACGUCACCGAAAUCUCGACUCUCAGUCUCUAACCGAGCAGCUCCGUCUCCCCCGCCGCCUCCUCCGCCGCCGCCAAUGUCGGCAGUUCAGAACUUCAAUCAAUUUAUUUCGCAUUCUCACAAAAAGCCAAAGUUCUCAACCCCGCCGCCGCCGCCACCGCCACUGCCGAAUGUGAGUCUGCUCCAGUCAAUAGCCAACUCGACACGCCAAGUAUCCAGAGCCCCGGCUCCACCUCCACCGCCUCCGCCACCGUCACGAAGAAUCGGAGAUGAUUCAGAAACGAUUGUUGAUCCUAAGCCGACUCCAGUAUCACCAAAGCCACUGUCCUCAUUUACUUCAACUCCGAAAGGCUCGUUUGAGAAUGGGACUAGUAAAACAAAACUUCUCCACCGAGCUGAGAAGAGCUUAGGCUCGGCUGAGAGUCUCGAGAAUGAUGAUUCGGGAGGAGCAAAGCCGAAGUUGAAGCCUCUGCACUGGGACAAAGUUCGAGCAACUUCGGAUAGAGCUACGGUUUGGGACCAGCUGAAAUCGAGCUCAUUCCAAUUAAAUGAAGACAUGAUGGAGACUCUUUUCGGCUGCAAUGCUGCGAAUGCGGCCCCAAAAGAGCCUAGCAGUGUUACUAGAAGAUCAGUUUUGCCUCCUGUCGAGCAGGGGAACAGGGUUUUGGACCCGAAGAAGUCGCAGAAUAUAGCUAUUUUGUUAAGAGCACUGAAUGUUGCAAGAGAUGAGGUGGUUGAAUCUCUUACGGAUGGUAACCUAGAAGGCUUGGGUGCUGAGCUUUUGGAGACUCUGGUUAAAAUGGCACCGACGAAGGAAGAAGAAAUUAAACUUCGAGAGUACCAGGGGGACAUCUCAAAAUUAGGGUCUGCUGAACGAUUUUUGAAGGCAGUGCUAGAUAUCCCAUUUGCCUUUAAGAGAGUUGAGGCAAUGCUAUACAGAGCUAACUUUGAUACAGAAGUGAAAUACCUGAGGAAAUCUUUCCAAACGCUCGAGGACGCCAGUGAAGAAUUGAAGAACAGUCGGUUAUUCUUGAAACUCCUUGAGGCUGUUCUCAGGACUGGAAACCGAAUGAAUGUUGGGACAAACCGUGGUGAUGCUAAAGCUUUCAAACUUGAUACGCUCUUAAAAUUGGUCGACAUAAAGGGAACAGAUGGAAAGACCACAUUGCUCCACUUUGUUGUUCAAGAGAUAAUAAGAUCUGAAAGUCCAGGGUCUGAAACAAAGGAGAACAUCAGAACAAAGGAAGGUGAUUUCAAAAAGCAAGGACUGAAAAUGGUGGCGGGACUGAGCAAAGACCUCGGCAACGUUACAAAAGCAGCAGGAAUGGACUCAGAUGUCCUGAGUAGCUAUGUGUCAAAGCUCGCAAUGGGACUUGAGAAGGUCAGACUGGUCUUGCAGUGUGACAGGGAAGAUGUGGAUGGAAAAUUCUGUAACUCGAUGAAGCUCUUUCUAAAAGAGGCUGAUGAGGAAAUUCAUAUUAUCAAGGAUGAUGAAAGAAAGGCUUUAUUUCUGGUGAAAGAGGUAACUGAAUAUUUUCAUGGCGAUACAGCAAAGGAGGAAGCUCAUCCUUUCAGAAUCUUCAUGAUUGUAAGAGAUUUUCUAAUAGUAUUGGACCAUGUGUGCAAGGAAGUCGGAAAUGUGCAAGACAGAACACUGGUGGGUUCUGCUAGAUCAUUCCGGAUACCUGCAACUGCUCCUCUACCGGUUCUCUCCAAGUAUCACUUGAGACAAGAUGACACCUCGGAUGACGACAGCUUUUCAAUUUGAAACUAUGUGUAUAUGAAGCACAGCAACUUUUAGGAGGAUAACUAAACUAGAUGAAACUACCUUAGGCAUCACCGGCACAUCCAACAUUAUCAGCACCACCAGUAUAUUCAUUUCUUUCGGUACGAGCAUGUCGAAGGAGGAGAAGAAUGCAGAAGGGGGAGGCACUUUUGAAAGUCUUUCCUAUAUAAAGGAAAAUCCCAGCCCACAGAGAGAUUUCUGAACAGUAAACCAGGUAAUGCUCGAAGCAACAGAUAUUGUAUGAGAAUGCAUAGUCCAGAAAAGAUGAAACAUAAUAUUCUAGGAAGGGCAUUAUCAAAGAAGAUUUUACAGUCAAAAUAUUUUUAGGUUUGCUAUUUUUGGUUAUCCUGCUCCAAUGUACAUCCCCAUAUAUAUAGUUAGGAUAGGUUUCUUCAUUUAGGUCCUAAGAUCGAAGUCCCACUCAUUUUGAAGGAAGCAGGAAUGUUUUGAUGGUGGUUCAAUAUGAUGUCGUGGUUGCGUUAUGCAUUUAUUUGAUAAAUAUAAAGUAAUAAGUGGCUAUUC